UGAGGACUUCGGCUAUUUCCGGAAAACUUCGGCUGAGGAGGUGGGAGGGAGCGUUCUAUGAACUGUCAGUAGGGAUCAGCAGGAGCCUCUGUAGCAGCCGCCGCCGCCUGCAGCACGGGAGUAUCGCCCGGAGCAUCACUCCGUGUCCCGGCACAGCUAGAGGCAGACAUGCUGACCGACAGCAACGUGGAAGAGUUCGAGAUUAAGGAGGAUGAGCCGUGGUACGACCAGCACGACUUGCAGCAAGAUUUGCAGCUUGCUGCGGAACUGGGCAAGACAUUACUGGAUCGCAACACGGAACUAGAGGAAUCCCUGCAGCAGAUGUACAACACCAAUCAAGAACAGUUCCAAGAAAUUGAAUACCUCACAAAGCAAGUAGAGCUCCUGCGUCGGAUGAAUGAGCAGCAUGCCAAGGUAUAUGAGCAACUGGACAUCACUGCCAGGGAUCUGGAGAAUGCUAAUCAGAAGCUGGUACUGGAAAGUCGGGCUUCACAGCAGAAAAUAAUGAGUUUAACAGAAACAAUAGAAAACCUGCAAGUCCAUAUUGAGGAGCUUCAGAGACAGGUGGAGGAUCUGAAGAAACCAGGCCGUAUCUGCCGCAGCCGUGAGAGGUCUGACCAAUCAAGGUCUGCCCAGAGCUUUUCCUGUCUGAAGGAGCUGUACGAUCUGCGCAAGUAUUUUGUUUAUGACCAUGUUUUUGCUGAGAAGAUAGCAUCUCUGCAUUCGCAACCAGGACCGCUGGAGGAUGAAAACAGUCAUCUAAAAAAGGCCCUGUCUCUUCUGGAGAGCCAGUUGAGCCUAGAACGCAACAAGAGAGAGAGCCUGGAAGAGGAAUUCAGUCAGGUAGUUAAAGAGAAUUCUGAGCUAGAACAGAUGCUCAGAGACAAAGAUUUAUUCUAUGCCCGGGCUGAAGAACUGGAGGCCGAGGUGGCGGAAAUGCGCCAGAUAUGUCGUUCAGACAGCGUGUUUGCCAGCAGUGUGGAAAAGCUUAUACCAGAGUCCAUCUUUAUUUCUUUUAAGGAGACGGCAGACAAAGAGGCCGACCAAGAAGUGAUAGCACAGUUGCUUGAUUUGAAUAAAAAGCCUUUAAAAAGAAGCAACAGUGAGAUGCUUCUUCCCAGGGUUGCUGCUGAAACCAUUCUAAACGGGCACGAAGAGACUUGUAUUAGGAGAGCCGAGGCAACAAAACAAAGGGGCAUCUCUUUGCUCAAUGAGGUAGACUCACAGUACAGUGCUCUGAAAGUGAAAUACGAGGAAUUGCUUCAGAAAUGCCAGCUGGAUGAUGAUGGUUUCAGCGAUCAGGGUAUCCAGACCUCUAAGCUUUCUCAGCCAGAAGGGUCACCAUCCAAGGAUCUAGAACCUUCCAGCCACAAGCCAGUCUCUGCUGAACCUCAGCCAGAAUACAAGGUUCUCUUCCAGGAGAUAUUUACCUGUAUAAAGAAAACCAAAGAGGAGAUCCACGAACAAAGAACUAAGUACAAAUAUUCCAAUGCAGCAAGUAGUUAGUUCUACCAUUCAGUGUUUCCCAUUCACUCUGCCACUCUGCUCAGUCUCAGAAAGAACGCCUUCCAUUCAUAUUCAGUUAUAUGAACGCCCCCCCCCCCCCCCCCUUGCCAUCUUUAUAUUAUGUUUUUUUCCUUCCUUUAGGAAGUUAUAGCUCACAACUUAGCUAAGAGUAGUUCAGUUAUCUCACCAACUGAUUUCAGAAGCAGCCAAUAAGUUCCACCAAAAAUCAAGAAUUGUGAUUGAUCUUAGAGAAGGAAGCCAAGUUUCCCUCAAGGCAAUUUAUAUGAAGUCCUUUUGUUUCAUACUUAGUAGAAGGCAAGUACCAAGCAUAAAUAAGAUGAAGUUUCUCUGCACUUGCGGUACCCUAUGCUGCACAACAAGCACAUAUUUGUCUGUACUGUAUUUAUGCAUGACCGCAGCAUAGGGGCUAAUGCCAGCGAGGUUAUACCUGUGUAAAUCUUUGUAGUAUUAUUAUUAUUAUUAUUAUCAUAGGUUUAUAUGACAGCAACAAAGUAGCUGUGUUUUCUGAAGGAGUUAAUGUUUAUACUGUGAAUUACAUUAAACAAGCAUAGAGAAACUGCCCUUGCUGCAA